GAAAAGGUUUAGAAAAGAAGAUAUGUCCAUAUGUCCACCAUCAUCAUUUCAGCAGGGCACUUUGCUCCUUCAAACAAUCACCCAAUUAUCCCUUAAAUAUUCACACCCUUUGCUCCCACCUCCUUCUCUCUCUCACUUGCCAACUCACUUUCUCUCUCUUACACACACUUUUCAUGCAUUUGCAAUCAAUGCACCAUCCCAACAACACUGUUUUCUGCUCCACUGCUUUACCCUUCCCUCCCCAAAUGCACUUUCUGAUAAAUUUCCAGUUGGGUGUCACAUUUUCAAAUGGGUGUGUGUAAAUGCAGAAAUCAAAACUUGAAUCUGCGGGCCACGAAAAAGCUGUCUCAGUUAUCGCUUCACAUGUUUGACUAAGAGGGAAAAUUUGAACCUACCUCCUAUACUGUGCGCCAUGGACUGCCGAUUUUGAAUCUUGUGAAUUUCCCAGUGUUUUGCUCAGUUAUAUGCACAGUACAAUCUCAGCAUUCUCUUACUUUUUGGCUACGGCAGGAAGAAGCUAGUUUUUAUUUUGUAAGUUAGAUGUUCUACUUUUGGCUCUGAGAAGAUGGGGGGUUGUGUAUCAAUUAGCAGUCGAAGUACUUGUAGUAGCAAGAGCAAUGGGGAUAAUAUAACUCCCCCAUGCUUGUGGAUUGAUAUGUUUGGUUGCAAAAGGAGUAGAAGAACAUUUUCCGACAACGUCACCAAUCUGCAACGUCUUGCUUCGGCUUCUAAUCGGAUAUUCACCAAUGGAAGAACAAGCAGUUCAUGCAUAUAUACUCAGCAGGGCCGUAAAGGCAUAAACCAAGAUGCAAUGAUUGUGUGGGAAGAUUUUAUGGAAGAUGGCGUUAGCUUUUGUGGCGUUUUCGAUGGCCACGGCCCGCAUGGACAUCUCGUGGCUCGUAAAGUGAGGGAUACACUUCCGCUAAAACUGUCCUCUUUUCUGAACUCAUCUGAGUCAAAGAGAAAUGGUUCUGGUGUGAAUUGCUGUAAUGGAGACGUAAAAUUGGACGUGGUGGACCCCACAAAGGAUACCUCUGAGGAGGAGAAAGUGGAGUCCAUGUGGAGAGAGGCUUUUCUUAAAUCUUAUAAGGCGAUGGACAAAGAAUUGAAGUCGCAUCCAAAUUUGGAUUGCUUUUGCAGUGGUAGCACGGCUGUGACUGUUGUAAAACAGGGCUCGAAUCUUUUCAUGGGUAACAUUGGUGAUUCUCGAGCAAUAUUGGGAUCUAAAGAUGGCAAUGAUUCAAUGGUGGCUACCCAAUUGACAGUUGAUCUAAAGCCUGACUUACCUAAGGAGGCAGAAAGGAUUAAGAGGUGCAAGGGUCGAGUAUUUGCUUUACAAGACGAGCCUGAAGUGCCGAGGGUUUGGCUGCCAUUUGAUGAUGCUCCUGGUUUAGCAAUGGCGCGUGCUUUUGGCGAUUUCUGUUUGAAGGAAUAUGGAGUCAUCUCCAUUCCUGAAUUUUCUCACCGUACACUAACUGACCAAGAUAAAUUCAUUGUUCUUGCAUCAGAUGGGGUAUGGGACGUGUUGAGCAACGAGGAAGUGGUGGAAAUAGUUUGUUCGGCUCCAACUCGUUCAUCUGCCGCGAGAGUGGUGGUUGAGUCAGCAGCCCGCGAGUGGAGGUCAAAAUACCCGACCUCGAAAAUGGAUGACUGUGCAGUCGUCUGCUUCUUUCUCGACGGGAAAACAACAGACACUGCUGCAGAGUCGGAGUUUGAGGAGCAGUCUUUUGCCGGAGGAUUCUCGUCUGCUGACGAUGGCCAGCACUCGGAGCCUUGCCUCGCAAGAAACUACACUGUCAGGUCAUCGUCUGAGGAGAAGCAUGAAGAACAGAGCUGGUCAGGUUUGGAAGGGGUUACGAGGGUCAAUUCGUUGGUUCAGCUUCCCAGAUUCUCGGAGGAGAGGACGAGAACUUAGAUUUGAGUUUUGUCUGAUUGUUUGUUGAAUUCCUUGUGAAGUACUGUGUUUGAAGUGUGUAUUUGGCAAUGUUUUGAGGAAGAUGGGAGUUGUGUUUGCUGGAAUGAGAUGAGGGGGAUCUUGGUUAUGAUUUCUUGCUGCCUAUGUUUAUUUUUAGUAAGAAUUACUUCAUUUUCUUGCCAG